AAAAUCAAAAUACUAAGAACUGUUUUUAACAAUCCUGAAAAUUAUGUGAGGAAAAAAAUUAUUAGUAAAAUUAAUUUAAUAUUUCAUACAGGCUGUGGCUUUGGGUUUGAAACAGCGGUAUUUGCUAGUAACCACCACGGCGACAUCGCAAAAAUUCACUAAAAACUCGCCUUUGAAGAACCGAAUUUUCAUCGCCGACCGAAAGAGAAGAAAAGUUUCCGAUCAGAUUCAUUCCAGAAAAAUCGAGAAGGAAAAAGUUUGAAGAAGAAGAUCAAGAAGAUGAGCGUGAUCGAUAUCUUGACCAGAGUCGAUGCGAUCUGCAAAAAGUACGACAAGUACGACGUCGAGAAGCAGAAGGAUCUCAAUGUAUCCGGCGACGACGCUUUCGCCCGCCUCUACGCCGUCGUCGAGGCUGACAUCGAGGCUGCUCUUCAGAAAGCCGAAGUCGCUUCAAAGGAGAAAAGCAGAGCAUCAGCGGUCACAUUGAAUGUAGAAAUUCGCCGGAUCAAGGCUCGGUUGCUUGAGGAGGUUCCGAAAUUGCAGAGGUUAGCUCUAAAAAAGGUUAAAGGGUUAUCAAGUGAGGAGUUUGCUGCUCGUAAUGAUUUGGUCCUUGCUUUGCCGGAUAGGAUACAAGCUAUCCCGGAUGGGGCAGCAGCAGCACCACCCAAACAAACCGGAGGUUGGGCGGCCUCGGCUUCCCGUACUGAAAUCAAGUUUGAUUCAGAGGGACGGUUUGAUGAUGAAUACUUUCAACAAACUGAAGAAUCCAGUGAAUUCAGGCAAGAGUAUGAAACGAGGAGAGUGAAGCAGGACCAAGGGUUGGAUAUGAUAGCAGAAGGUUUGGAUACGUUGAAAAAUAUGGCUCACGAUAUGAACGAGGAGCUGGAUAGGCAAGUGCCUUUGAUGGAUGAGAUUGACACUAAGGUAGACAAAGCUGCAUCUGAUCUUAAAAACACAAAUGUCAGGCUCAAGGACACUGUCAACCAGCUGAGGUCCAGCCGGAAUUUCUGUAUUGAUAUUGUUUUGCUGAUUAUAGUUCUGGGAAUUGCUGCUUAUUUAUACAAUGUAUUGAAGAAGUGAGAUGAGCCAAGUCUCACUGUUCCAAGUGUUUUUGGUUGUGGUAUUGUUCCCUUGUCGUGAGAGUCUGGUAUAUUUGAUCUCUAUUAUUCCACAGUUAAAGUUUACUGCUUAAGAGACUUUGCCUAAACUUGCAUUUAACUUUUGGUUUGCUGUAGGACAUCAACAUCAAUGUAUAAAUAAUUUUUAACUUUUUUGCGGUUUGUU